ACGCACCUACAUCCUCUUCGCACCCGGCACGCUUAUCGUGUACCAGCGUUAAAACCCGACCUCUAAAACCUCCCUCGGAACCAUGUCAUCCUCCUCCACAGAUGGCGAUUUCUGCUAACAGGCCACCCAAUUCGCUCCUCUUCUCCGACCACUACCACUUCCUCCGCCUCCUCUCCAACCCGACGCGGCCAAAUUACCUCAACCUCCACUCCGGCGGCCUCCCGAACCCGCACCCACUCUCCUCCCACGAUUCCCAACACCUCUCCGCCCUCAGCCCUGCCCCGGCCCCCGCAUCUGCCUACCCCGACGCCGGAAUCCGCCGCCUCUGCAUCCGUGGCGACUUGGAAGGCGCCCUCGAGCUUUUGGACUCGGCGGAGGGCCGCCGCCUGGACGACGACGCCUACGUCGCUCUCCUCCGCCUCUGCGAAUGGAAGCGCGCGGUGGACGAAGGCUUCCGCGUCUACUCCCACAUCUCCUUCUCUUCCUCCAUCACCUGCCUGAGCACCCUUCUCGGGAACGCCCUCUUGAGCAUGUUCGUGAGGUUCGGCGACCUCCUGUCGGCGUGGUCGGUGUUCGGGAAGAUGGUCGAGAGGGACGUCUUCUCCUGGAAUGUGAUGAUUGGGGGCUACGCCAAGUCCGGGUUCUUGGAUGAGGCUUUGGAUUUGUAUCACCGGAUGCUUUGGUCCGGCGCCCGACCGGAUUUGUAUACUUUCCCUUGCGUUCUGAGGUCUUGCGGCGGUGUCACGGACUUGAUUAGGGGGAGGGAGGUCCAUGCACAUGUGGUCAGGUUCGGAUUCAGCUCAGAGGUUGAUGUUCUGAAUGCUCUCAUCACCAUGUACGCGAAAUGUGGCUACUGUGCUACUGCCAGAAACGUGUUUGAUGGUAUGCCGAGGAGAGACUGUAUCUCUUGGAAUGCAAUGAUUGCAGGCUACUUUGAGAAUGAGAAUUGUGCCGAAGGGCUGGAGCUGUUUUUGACGAUGAGGAAUCUCACUUUGGAGCCAGAUGUUAUGACAAUGACUAGCGUGAUUUCUGCUUCUGGUCUUUUGCCUGACAGCGAGUUUGGGAAGGGGAUUCAUGGUUAUGCUAUAAGAAUGAAUUUUCUAACUGAUGUUUCGGUGCAUAAUUCGUUGAUUCAGAUGUACACCACUCUCGGGGACUUGGAGGAAGCUGAAAAAAUUUUCUUGCGCCAGGAGUCUAAGGACGUCGUAUCCUGGACUGCUAUGAUAUCAGGUUACGAGAAAAAUGGCUCACCUGAUAAGGCCUUGGAAGUGUUUGAACAAAUGGGAGCGAACGAUGUAGUCCCAGACGAGGUCACAAUUGCUAGUGUUCUUUCAUCAUGUGCUUCUUUGGGACGUUUGGAUAGUGGUACUAAGGUACAUGAGCUAGCGAGGAACAUUGGGAUCACGCCUUGCACCAUGGUUGGAAAUGCACUUCUUGAUAUGUAUUCCAAGUCUAGAUGCAUCGAUAAGGCCUUAGAGGUUUUUAGGCAGAUGCCGGAGAAGGAUGUGGUCACUUGGAGUUCGGUGAUAUCGGGCUUGAGGAUCAACAGGAGGAGCUUCGAGGCUUUGAGUUACUUGCGCCAAAUGCAUGUCGAUGUGAAGCCAAACUCCAUAACCUUCAUUGCUGCCCUCUCUGCUUGUGCUGCUGUUGGAGCAUUGAUGUGCGGAAAAGAGAUCCAUGCCCAAGCUCUAAGAAGCGGAUUAGGAUAUGAGGGGUGUCUGCCAAAUGCUCUUCUAGAUCUGUAUGUCAAGUGUGGAAGGAUGGAAUAUGCUUGGACACAGUUUAACAUAUUCAAAGAGAAGGAUAUAGUGUCAUGGAACAUCAUGCUGACAGGUUAUGCAGGGAAGGGACGUGGAGAUCUUGCUGUUUCACUGUUCAACCAAAUGAUAGAAGCUAGUGUGCAUCCUGAUGAGGUUACGAUGGUGAGUCUCUUGUGUGCUUGUAGUAGGUCAGGAAUGGUAUCUCAAGGUUGGGACUAUUUUGAUAGCAUGAAGAGGAAGUACUCGAUAACGCCAAACCUAAAACACUAUGCUUGCAUGGUGGACCUUUUGGGUCGUGCCGGGUACCUGGGGCAAGCGUACCAGUUCAUAAAUGAUAUGCCUAUCGAGCCAGAUGCUGCCAUUUGGGGAGCCUUGCUGAAUGGAUGCCGAAUUCACCACCAGGUUGAGCUUGGCGAAUAUGCUGCCAAACAUGUUUUCGAAUUGGAUGACAGAAGUGUAGGGUAUUAUGUGCUUUUAUGUAACUUAUAUGCUGAUAGCGGAAGAUGGGAUCAACUGGCAAGAGCAAGGAAGGUUAUGAGGGAGAGGGGGCUAGAGAUGGAUCCUGGAUGCAGUUGGGUGGAGGUAAAGGGGGUUGUUCAUGCAUUUCUCAGUUCUGAUGAGUCGCACCCGCAGAUAAAGGAGAUCUAUGCAAUGUUAAAGGGGUUGUAUGAUAGGAUAAAGGCGGCAGGUUUCACUCUGCCUGAGGAUCAAUCCAUAGCUCAGAUGGAAGCAUCAAAGUCUGAUAUCUUCUGUGGCCACAGUGAAAGAUUAGCUGUUGCUUUCGGGCUCAUCAAUACCACACCCGGCAUGCCUAUUUGGGUCACCAAGAACUUGUAUAUGUGUCAGAAUUGCCAUAGCAUUCUUAAGUUGAUCUCUAAAAUUGUUCGCCGUGAGAUUACAGUUAGGGACACCGAACAAUUUCACCAUUUCAAAGAUGGAAGCUGCUCUUGCAGAGACGAAGGUUACUGGGGUGGAAGCAUGAGGUGAGAAUAGUGGAUGGCAAAAAUCAUUUGGUCACUGGGUGGAAUUCAUUGGGGAUCCAUGCCUCAUGUUGAGAAUGGCAAUGCUAAUCGGUUGCUCCCAAAACCCUACAAGCAUUAUGAUAAGAAGUGCUUCAUUCUGAACACAUCGAACAUGGUAAUUUGGUGCAUGAUAACACACCGCCGCCUCAUGCAGCAACAAAAUGGUUGGAUUAGAUAGAAACAGGAAAACAUGUGUAUUAUUAUUCUUAGUAUCCAGUCAUGCUGUUUGGACGAUGUAAAUUUGUCCAGUCACUGUUGUAUGACAUAGUUAAGUGCAGCCACAGCCACAUACAUGAUUGAAUAAUAUAU